AUGGACAGAUUGGAGUAUGGAGAUUAUGAAAAGGAAGCAUGUGAAAUGGAGGAAAAACCUUGGAUAUGUUUACCCUCCUGCCCAUUGGCUCGGAAGCUGCGGCCGAUGAUACAGAAAUGGAAGAUUCGUACAAUCAUGAAUGGAAGGACAACCGUCUUCGCCAGCUUGUCCACCCAACUUGAAGAUGCCAAUAAAAUCGAGUGCUCCGGAGCCUACAGAAUAAACUGCAAUAACUGUAAAAAAAUCGGAGAGAUUGGAAGGACAACAAAAAAGGAAUAA